GCGGCGCCGUGCACGCACGGCCGACGGGACCGACGCAGCAGCAGCAGACAUAUCGACACGGCGGUUCCGGAAGAAAAGUUUCCGUCACACAUCCGCCCUCCAUAGUCGCCGCUGCCUCCGCUUCGCGUCGGUUAGCUCGACAUUUCAUCCGUGACACAGGCGACGUGGUGCUGUGGUUUGGCUGUGCAGUGGUUACGUCUGGUUGCUUAGACACCUCCGCUCCUUCGCAACAUCGUGCAUGCGUACGACGGCUUGGUCAAGGCCAAGAUCUGAAAGAGAACAAAAAACAAAAAAGGAAAGAGUCCUCAGAGGCAGCUAAAAACGGAAGAAAGAGAAGUAAGGAGGGGCGUCGCGCGUGAGUACGCGUUCUAGGUACUGCCCGAACCCGGCCACCGGAACUGGCAAAAUCGUCUGGAAGCUCGCAGGGAAACGACGCCGCAGUAGCAGACUGACAAGCGAUAGCAGUCGACGCCGCCGGCACGUCUCAGCGCUCCCACCCCCCGGCACGACCCUCAGCAACGAAGAGCAGAAGCGCGACACUUGUCACCAAGUCGCAGCGGCGGCUGUUAGAGAAACUGAUCGUCAACGAGCCUGCUUUCCUUAAGUCUUCAGCUUCAGAGAGAAAUGUAUGGCGUCUGUUUCGACGAUGCGGGAGGCCGGCUGCGGAAAGCGAGAAAGUGACGGGCAUAGCCUUCCCCACACCGCCGCGGCAAGGCAGGGCCCCGUGGUGGUGCUGCGCGUCUGCUGCGAUGCCGUCGUGAUGCUGUUCCCCGUUGUGUGUGUGAGUCAGUUGUGCUGAAGCAGUGAAAAGGGAGCUCCGUUGCGCGCCGGCGCGGCUACGCCGCCACGCGGCUCCCGCUUGAGCCGCCCUCUCGGUUGUGCGCUCGCUUCUCGGCUGUCACUUGGCGGAGACGAGUGAGCCGGCGCGGAGGAACGACGAGCACGUGGCUCCGUGGCGUCUCGAAUUUAGCCGACCCGCAACAACAGAAGGAAGCGGUCGCUUGUCUACUCGCCCGCCGUUCACGGACAGGAUACUCGGGAAGACGCCCGGCUCCAACUCGGCGCGCGCUUCCUCGUCCACUCCGGCCUGCUCAUCACUCGGCGCCUUGAACGUGCAUUUUGGCUUGACCAUUUCCAAGUGCGAGAUGGAGGCGGCGUCACAAUCGCGGCCCCGCUUCGAAGCCCGAAGACACUACGAGGGUCUUGAGCUAACUGCAGGAACAAGGCAUCCGUGGUGCUCUGUCGAACACGUGACAGUUCAAGUUUUCGUAUCUAGAUAUUAAUCCCGAUGUUUCCUUCGUCGGGAGGUGCUUUACGCGGCGCAUACGUCACCACUUCAACGUACACGUCUCCGGGCUGAACGAUGACGUAAGCGAGUUCAGUGCUUCAAUUUGUGCCCGUCGAAAGGACUGUUGCCGCUGUUGGAAAACAUCGGCGAUGGCGGGCUCCAACAGACCCGAGCUCCGCCUCGCAUACCGCAUCUUCGUCAUGGUCAACAUUCUGCUCGCCGUGUACAACAUGAUAUGCUUCCAGAUGCCCCGCACCGACGUCAAGCCCUGCGUGCUCGUCGUCGCCAAUCACUCGCAGCAGGAAGCCGCGGAUUUCGCUGCUAAGAUUUCGCAGCCUCCCCCGCCGCUACCGCCACCCCAGUCACAGCCGGUCAAAGCUGCUGGCCCGACGAGCGUCGUCGAAAAACCCCAGUUCCAGAACAGGCAACCCCUCCAGUCAAAGCUAGCCACUACCCGCGCGCCGUACGCAGCGAGUCGCAGUCGGAUCAGCAACAACAACGCCGGCAGCAACGGGAUCAACUCCACGCCAAAGAGAGAAGCGCCGGCGGCGACGACGGCCAAGUACGUCAUCCAGGAGGACUUGAUACUCUCUGACGUUUCGGUGCCGUUCGACGCCAGCGUCACCCUCACGACGCAGGCGACUCACGAAUUCCUACAGCACGUUCCGGUGCUGUGCUCCCGAUGGCAAGGGCCCAUCUCUGUGGCCGUAUACGCUCCGGGCACCGACUACGCAGUGGCGCUGGACAAGAUCGCCUACCUGCGCCACUGCGACGACCCGUGCGUGAGCGCGAACGUGUCGUGGCACAUGGUGUUUGACAGGGACCGCGCGCCGCCGGCGGCAGUCGUGGUGGACUCGUCUUCUUCCGCGGUCUUUCUCCAGUCCUGGAACGGUUCGUGCGCCUCGGACGUGAUGGGGCGCGAGUACCCGCAGUUCCGCAAGGCGCACAAGAUGACCUACCCGAUCAACGUGCUUCGGAACGUCGCGCGGCGCCGGUCGCGCACGCGAUACAUUCUGGCCUCCGACAUCGAGCUGUACCCGAGCGCCAACGUGAUUCCGCGCUUCCUGAACCUUGUGGCCGAGCGCUGGCGUCGCAACGCCACGGAAGCCAGGGCGCCCCAGGUGUUCGUGCUGCCCAUCUUCGAGGUGCAAGCCAAGCAGCGGCCGCCCCUGACCAAGCGAGUCCUGGUCGAGAUGUUGCGCAACAAGACGGCCAUAUUCUUCCACAAGUGGGUCUGCGACCAGUGCCAGAAGUUCCCCAAGCGAGAGGAGUGGAUCGAGUACGUCCCGGCCGAUGACGACACGUUGGGCAUACUCACCACGACCAAGCGCGACCGCACCAAGCGCUCCUGGGAGCCCAUCUACAUCGGCACCAACGACGAUCCCUUCUACGGCGAAGAGCUCACCUGGGAGGGCAAGAGGGACAAGAUGUCACAGAGCUACGAGCUGUGUCUACGCGGCUACGACUUCCACAUCCUGGACAACGCCUUUCUGGUGCACGCGCCCGGCAUCAAGACCAUCAUCGCCAGUGAGGAGCGGCGCAGGGUGCCCUUCGUGAAAGUGAACAAUGCGCACCACGCGCGAAUCAUGAACAGCCUCAAGUCUCGGUACCCGGCGCUUGCCAAGGACUGUUAGGAACCCCGUUAAGUGCGUGUGUGCUUGCGUGCCUGUGAGUGCUUGAGAAGCCCGUGUAAUAUAUACAAAUGUGUAUUAUAUAAAGCGCCUCCGCCCGUGUUUUACUCGCA